AUGGCCUGGACAACAUUCAUCACGGCCCCCGCCGUAUCAGUCAAACAAGUACACAAAGCCCUCCUUUCCCUCGAAGACUACGAAUACGGCUGCGACCACUCCUGGACCCUCCUCCACAACCCGUCUCAUCUUGACGACGAGGAUUAUGACCUCUCAGAGCCCAACACUCCCCCUCUAGACCUCGACGGCGCCGAAACCCUCGACGCCAGCAACAAUGCCUUCGCGGGCAAGACCUCCGACGAGAUCUACGCUUUCAUCCGGGCGAACGAGGAAAAGCUGUCAGAUAAUGUCCUCACCACCGAUAACUGGCUAAUCAUCGAUGAGCGGGGAUUCCGGACGGAGACGUGCUUGGUGUGUUCGUUUAACGAUUUAGACGACGAGGAUGGAGAGGAAGAAGAGGACGACGAGAGAAACCGGUCGCCAUUCUUGAUGGCUAGAUUGCCGUGGGUUGAGUCUUGGGGUAUGUUUACGAAUCUGGACCUCGCGAAUAUGGGGUUUGAUGAAUGGGUGGAUGAGGAGAAGGGGAAGGAUGCUGAUGGGGAGUAUACCUGGGUUGGACCGUUCUCGGAGCAAGUUAACCAGGAGGCUGUGAAGAAGAGAGAGGCAGCGUUAGAGGAUGCGAGGAAGGAGGGGCUUGUUGAGUAG